GCUCGCACAGAAAGCAUAAGAUUACUGAAGUCCUUUGCUCUUAUGUAAAGAGUGAUUCUGUGCAUUUGAUCCUGCCUGCGGAAGGGACAGUUCAUCUGUCUGAAUCAGCGCAGGCAGCGCUAGCUCUGUUUGCCAGCCUUUGAUUUACUGACUUUAAGUUGUCCUGUGCAAGCCCGGGCAGUUGCUCCUGCGUUGCACGUCGUUUCCUAGGACUACUGGGAUGAUUCCUGGAGGCAGUCCUGAAACACUCGAGCAGCCAGGAGCCGGGGCUUAGCCCAGUGCUUUCCUACCUUCCACAAGGUCCCAAGGAAGCAAUGACCAUGUAGAUGCUACAGCUCGCGAGCAGCAGAAUGGGAAGCAGUGAAUGGAGUGGAGCUGGUCUGCAGCCUUGAGAGCAGCCUUUCUGCGGACCACGAGCCACUCAGGGACACCUUGCACGUCAGGGGCAUCUCCCCUCCGCCUGCUGGACAAACUGGAUUCUUUUUAAUAUCUUAGGUCGGAAUUUGAGAUUUCUUUUCUUCAAUUUUUAAAUAGUUUUGAGAUUGUAUCAGCUGUAAAGAGUGGAGCAAUAUAAUCAGCAACAAUGGGUGACAUGACAAACAGCGAUUUUUACUCCAAGAACCAAAGAAAUGAGGCCAACCAUGCAGGAGAGUUUGGGUGCACGCUGCAAGAACUGCGCUCCCUCAUGGAACUGCGAGGAACAGAAGCAGUAGUAAAAAUUAAAGAGACAUAUGGGGAAACAGAGGGGCUCUGCAGACAUCUGAAGACAUCACCAACAGAAGGAUUAUCUGGCGCUGCAGCAGACCUAGAAAAAAGAAAGCUUAUUUUUGGGAAAAACUUUAUACCUCCAAAGAAGCCAAAAACAUUCUUACAGCUAGUCUGGGAAGCGCUACAGGAUGUGACUCUUAUAAUCUUGGAAAUUGCAGCCAUCAUAUCUUUGGGGCUUUCGUUUUACCAGCCACCAGGAGAAGGGAAUGAAGGAUGCGGAACUGCGACAGGAGGAGCUGAGGAUGAAGGUGAGGCCGAAGCUGGCUGGAUUGAAGGUGCCGCCAUCCUGCUCUCUGUCAUUUGUGUUGUGCUCGUCACUGCCUUUAAUGACUGGAGCAAGGAGAAGCAGUUCCGGGGGCUGCAGAGCCGCAUUGAGCAGGAGCAGAAGUUCACUGUUGUGCGCGGUGGGCAGGUCAUCCAGAUCCCGGUGGCGGAGAUAGUAGUUGGUGACAUUGCACAGGUGAAAUAUGGUGAUCUCCUACCUGCAGAUGGGAUAUUUAUUCAAGGAAAUGAUCUUAAAAUUGAUGAAAGUUCUUUAACUGGAGAGUCAGACCAGGUCCGCAAAUCUGUUGACAAAGACCCAAUGCUGCUGUCAGGUACUCAUGUCAUGGAAGGCUCUGGACGAAUGCUGGUAACUGCUGUGGGUGUGAAUUCUCAGACAGGCAUCAUCUUUACUCUGCUGGGUGCUGGAGGAGAAGAAGAAGAAAAGAAGGAUAAGAAAGCUACAGAUGGUGCAGCAGGUGCAAUUGCCACUGAUAAUGCAAAUGCCAGCUUAGUCAAUGGCAAAAUGCAGGAUGGGAAUAUGGAGAACAGCCAGAACAAAGCCAAGCAGCAGGACGGGGCUGCCGCCAUGGAGAUGCAGCCACUGAAGAGUGCCGAAGGGGGAGAGGGGGACGACAAGGACAAGAAGAAAGCCAACAUGCACAAGAAGGAGAAAUCUGUCCUGCAGGGAAAGCUCACCAAGCUGGCCGUCCAGAUAGGCAAAGCAGGUUUGGUGAUGUCUGCCAUCACUGUAAUUAUUUUGGUACUAUAUUUUGCCAUUGACACCUUCGUGGUCAACAAGAAACCGUGGUUGCCUGAGUGCACACCUGUCUACGUGCAGUAUUUUGUUAAGUUCUUCAUUAUUGGUGUUACGGUGCUUGUGGUUGCUGUUCCCGAGGGACUUCCACUUGCCGUCACUAUUUCUCUUGCUUACUCUGUAAAGAAAAUGAUGAAGGAUAACAACCUGGUUCGCCACCUGGACGCCUGCGAAACUAUGGGCAACGCUACAGCCAUCUGCUCCGACAAAACGGGGACGCUGACCACCAACCGGAUGACAGUGGUGCAAGCCUACGUGGGUGAUGUCCACUACAAGGAGAUCCCUGACCCCGAUUCCAUACCCACCAAAACCCUCGACCUGCUGGUUAAUGCAAUUGCUAUCAACAGUGCUUACACUACCAAAAUUCUGCCACCAGAAAAGGAGGGUGGGCUGCCUCGCCAAGUGGGCAAUAAGACAGAGUGCGGCCUCCUGGGGUUUGUCCUGGACUUGAAGCAGGAUUAUGAGCCCGUGCGCAACCAAAUCCCCGAGGAGAAGCUCUAUAAAGUUUACACUUUCAACUCGGUGCGCAAGUCCAUGAGUACUGUCAUUAAAAUGCCUGAUGGCAGCUUCCGAAUGUACAGCAAAGGGGCCUCCGAGAUUGUCCUCAAGAAAUGCUCCAGGAUCCUUAAUGCAGCUGGUGAACCUCGUGUCUUCAGACCUCGGGACCGUGAUGAAAUGGUGAAGAAAGUGAUAGAGCCCAUGGCCUGCGAUGGCCUGCGAACGAUCUGUGUGGCCUUCCGGGACUUCAGCAGCAGCCCAGAGCCCGACUGGGACAACGAAAACGACAUUUUAUCAGACCUGACUUGCAUCUGCGUUGUGGGCAUUGAAGACCCAGUAAGGCCAGAGGUCCCUGAAGCCAUAAGAAAAUGCCAGCGAGCUGGAAUUACAGUCCGCAUGGUCACUGGAGACAACAUCAACACAGCACGUGCCAUUGCCAUAAAAUGUGGGAUCAUUCAUCCAGGAGAAGACUUUCUCUGCCUUGAAGGGAAAGAGUUUAACAGAAGGAUUCGAAAUGAGAAGGGAGAGAUUGAGCAAGAACGGAUUGACAAAAUCUGGCCAAAGCUUCGUGUGCUUGCUCGCUCAUCUCCCACUGACAAACACACUCUGGUGAAAGGUAUUAUUGACAGCACACAGGUGGAACAGAGACAGGUUGUAGCUGUGACUGGUGAUGGGACCAAUGAUGGACCAGCACUUAAAAAAGCUGAUGUUGGCUUUGCAAUGGGUAUUGCUGGUACAGAUGUUGCAAAGGAAGCCUCAGAUAUUAUCCUCACAGAUGACAACUUCAGUAGCAUUGUGAAAGCUGUAAUGUGGGGCCGUAAUGUCUAUGACAGUAUCUCCAAAUUCCUGCAAUUCCAGCUCACUGUGAACAUUGUGGCUGUGAUUGUGGCUUUCACUGGAGCAUGCAUUACCCAGGACUCUCCUCUAAAAGCUGUGCAGAUGUUGUGGGUCAAUCUAAUUAUGGACACCUUUGCCUCACUCGCUCUGGCCACGGAGCCCCCGACAGAAGCCCUGCUGCUACGAAAGCCAUAUGGCCGAAACAAACCCCUUAUAUCACGCACCAUGAUGAAGAACAUUCUGGGCCAUGCUGUUUACCAGCUUACUCUUAUAUUCACACUUCUUUUUGUUGGUGAGAAAAUGUUUAAGAUUGACAGUGGGAGGAACGCACCACUUCACUCUCCUCCUUCAGAGCACUACACCAUUAUCUUCAACACUUUUGUCAUGAUGCAGCUUUUCAACGAAAUCAAUGCACGCAAAAUCCAUGGUGAAAGAAAUGUCUUCGAUGGCAUCUUCAGAAAUCCUAUUUUUUGCACUAUUGUACUGGGUACAUUUGCUAUUCAGAUAGUAAUUGUCCAGUUUGGAGGAAAACCAUUUAGCUGUUCUCCCCUGCAGCUUGACCAGUGGAUGUGGUGUGUAUUUAUUGGAUUAGGAGAACUUGUAUGGGGUCAGGUUAUUGCAACUAUCCCAACAAGUAGGCUGAAGUUUUUAAAGGAGGCAGGGCGGCUCACUGAAAAAGAGGAGGUCCCAGAAGAAGAGCUUAAUGAAGAUGUUGAAGAGAUCGAUCAUGCAGAGAGAGAACUUCGACGUGGACAAAUUCUCUGGUUCAGAGGGCUCAACAGAAUCCAAACCCAGAUCCGCGUCGUGAAGGCAUUCCGUAGCUCUCUCUAUGAAGGUUUAGAAAAACCAGAAUCUAGAACCUCUAUUCACAACUUUAUGACUCAUCCCGAGUUUAGGAUAGAAGAUUCCCAGCCCCAUAUCCCACUCAUUGAUGACACAGACCUAGAAGACGACUCUGCUCUCAAGAAAAACUCAAGUCCACCAUCUUCGCUGAACAAGAACAACAGUGCUAUCGACAGUGGAAUAAAUCUUACAACUGACACAAGUAAAUCAGCUACCUCUUCUAGUCCAGGAAGCCCAAUACAUAGCCUGGAGACAUCACUUUAGCUGAAGUCACUGAAAAAAAAAAAAAAAAAAAAAAUCUAAAAAAUUAAAAAAAAAGAAACAGCAACCGAAAUAUAUAAAUAUAUAUAUUAAAAACAUUGCUGGCUGAAAAGCUGUUUGAACUCUUACUUGCUCUGAGACAAGUGAAUGAAUUGUUGAUCACAAUGGUUUUGGGAAAGAAUGAAUGGCUGAUUUACAUACCCGCUCUUGUUCCCUUUCAGAAAAAAACAAAACAAUUCCUCCUGCAUGAAUGUACUGUACACUUCCAGCCCUUCUUUCUCUUUGUUUCUUUUUGUUUGUUUUUUUCUUUUUUUUUCCUCCUCCUUACACAGGAACUGCAGAGGACUUCUUUCUGAGGCUAUUUAUCCAAUUCACUGGUCUGUGAGUUUUUUGAAAUGCUUGUGUGGCAUGGACUCAGUUGUAUAGAUUAAUUUAAAUAACUUUUUUGAAGUUGCAAAGCUUAACUUGCACAGUAGAUUUGCACCAGUUGGACAGAGGAACUUAAACAUUUACGAGACUAUAUAUAGAGAUAUAUACAUAUAAGUAUAUACAUAAUUAAUUAUAUAUAUGUAUAUAUCUAUCUAUAUAUAUAUAGUUAUAUAUAUAUAAAGUUUCUUUGUUGGCAUGUUGCCUUGUUUCUGCUCAAAUUGCUCUGACUAUUUUAACUUAUUUAUGUCCUAAAAAAGAAUGUAAUUUGUUUACAAACCUGUAGAUAAAUAUCCUUAACUAUUUGUAGGGUUAAGAAAGCACUUCCUGCCGAAGUAGUAUAAAAACGGCUCAGCUCAUCGAAAAUGUCUGUAAUAUCACACCCUGGAUAUUUUAGUACAAUCGUGUUCUGAUUUCUGCCUGUUUUUUUGUUUUUGUUUUUUUUGGUUAAAUAAUGUAGAUACUGCUAGUAAAUAACAAAAGAAGCCAAAAUAUAACAUAUUGGAUGUAGCAUUGUGGUCCUAUAUACAGGGAGGUAAAAAAGGCUUCCUUUGUUUCAAAUAAAAAUCAGAAUGAUCAGGUUCUCUUUUUUCUUUUUCCUYUAAUAAACUGCUUGAACUUGUUUUGGUGCAACAUAUGAUAAUGGAGGCUGUUUCAUUCUUUAUGACAAUGGCUUCCUAAAAAUAUUUUGAGAGAGCUAUUACAUGAAACUGAAUUUAUAAAUAAAGAUUAAAAAUAAGUUAUAUUUGGUUUGUCUAUAUGGAGAUCAAAGUAAUGUUAAACUAUUGUGAUAUACUGUGUUAAUUCUUUUCAGUUAGUAAUUUAGGCAUUUAUUUCCUUACGUCUUACCAAGAAUGGGCUGUUGGCAUUUUGGAUGAAAAUCAMUGUAGGUUAUCGAUUUUGUUUUUUAAUUUCUGCACUAUUUAGGUCUGAAAGAAACUCUGUGAAUUACGGAGAUGUGCUUUGUGUGAUUUCUUUUUUUUUUUUUAACCAAGCUUGUCUUCCUGUUGUCACAAAAUAUACUGUAACACAGUACUACAUUGUUUUACCUUAUUAUUGCACUUUCUACAAAGAAAGCUAUUUUGAAAACGUGCAGUACAGAGGGUGAAGAAUAUUUUUCAAGAUGGUAACAGCCCUGGUAAAAUUUAUGAGCUUAUAUAAUUGCUAUGUCAACCACCUGAAUGCUAAGCACUUUGUGGAUCACGGAUUUUUCAUAAAUAAUUUUUGUAUUUAAUAUCAAGUUUGCUUGGAGACUUUUCAGCAUAUGAUCUUUUCCAUAACUGUACAGUGCAAAAGACAUUCUGAACUACACAAUUGAUUAUGCCAGAUGUGUUGAAAUACACUCUCAAACUAGCUUGAUAAAUUGGUUUGUUAAGGUAUUACUGGUUGUGUAAAAUUUGGCAAAUAACAUGGUGCAUCUCUGCAGUCACAAGAACUAAUUCAAGCCAGAACUCUCCAAAACAAGAUUAGACUCACGGCCAAACUGCAGACUGAACUGAUUAAAAUGUUUUAAGGGUGCAUCAGGACUAUUCAGCCAGGUAAAGCUUGAAUUGCCAGCUUCCGGACUUUGUGUAGAAGCUUGAAUGUUUUUGGUUCAAACUUGUAGUUCACUAUCUGGUCCACUUUUCACUGAAGCAACAGCAGAACAGGUCUUUGGAGGCUAUACAGCUCUGUUUUCGACAGAUAAUCUUACCCAUUUCUUAACAGUAAAAAAUCUAGCAUGAAUACAUGAUUAUUUUAGCUAAUUCCUAGCAACAAAGUGAUUGAAACUCAAGUCAAGAUUGUUCUUCGCUUUGUAAAUAUGGUGAUUAACCUUUGUAUAACAUGUAUUGGGUUUCUAUGGCCUACUUGGGAUAUCAUAUUCAGAAGAAACAGAAG